AUGUCGUGCAACCUCUCCCUUUCCCCCGUUUCCCCCAUCCCCCUUAUCUUCCGUCGCACAUCUUUCUUAGCUCUCGCCAGGUCUCCCCUCUCUCUCCCCCCAUCUCCGCACGCUCUCCCCUCAUGUCCUCAUGCAGCUCUCAUCUUCUCUCUCACCCUACUACCUCUCAUCUCCGUCCCUACUCACUUACAUCCCCUCGUCACUCACUCCUCAUCUCCUCUUGAUUCAACCAUCAUCUCCCCCACCCCUCCUAUCCUCCUGCACUCACCCUCAUUCCCUCUCUCACGCACACGUCAUCUUCCUACCCACUCACUCCUCACCUACCUUCCCCGCUCACCCAUCAUCUCUCUCGCCACUCCCCCAGUCAUUCCUCAUCUGCCCCACGUUCCUUCCCCCUUUCACCCCCUCCUCCUUCCCUUUCCCUUUUUCUUUGUCCCUCCUCCCAAGUCUCCCCCUUCCCCCACCGAACUCACCCCUCCCCUCACCUCACCCCCUGCUCAACCCUCAUCACUCCCCUCUCCACUUACCACUGCUUCCGCACAUGCUUAA